AUGUCCGCCAGCACCCGUGCCGCCACGGCUGAGGCGCCCGACGUCUCCAGCCUCCUCCACGAGUUCUUCUCCGGGAUCGCGAACUACUUCAUCGACACCCUCCGAAACCUCCAUACAUCCCUCACCACCCCCAAGGCCCGGUAUUGGAUCCGCCUCUGCGUCAUCGUGGGCGGCUACAUCAUGAUCCGUCCUCUGAUCGAGUUGUUCUUCCGCAAGCUGUUCGAGCGGAAAAUGGAGCGGGAGGAAGCCCGGAAGAAGGAGCAGGAAGCAGCAUUUACGGAGCCCGGGAAGAAGGCCAAGAUGUCGGCGAAUUCGCUCCGGUCGUCGGGCAAGGUGCUCGGCGAGGUAAACUCGGACGAGGAAGAGGAGAUCAACAAGAAGAACGGAAAAUUAAGCGGCGUGCCCGACUGGGGGAAAGGUGCCCGGAAGCGCCAGAAGAAGUACCUGAAGAACCUGCAACAGAAGCGCGCCGAGGAAUUGACGGAGCAGGAAAUACUAGAGCUGCUGGAUUGGAACGCUAUUACUGACGGGAGUGCCCUACGGAGUAGCGAGUGUCGUGGAUUCACUCCGCAACGGGAUUCAUUCAUUCAUUCAUUCAUAGACACGUACUGA